GUUGACGCGAUCUGUGUUGCUAUUUCAGUUCCUUAGCCGCCUGUGAUCGUUGGAAUCUUGCAAGAGGUGAUCCCUCGGCUGAACAGUGCAACAUUGCCAAAGCCUCAUAAGUACCCAAAGUAACAACCGAAAGCAGCUGUUCCUGCGACGGUGCGAUGGCUCAUGAUACUUGGCCUCAACUGGACGGCAAUACCUUGAGCUCAAUAUGGAACAAGAUGCUAAUGAGGACACUACCUAUGUUCCUCUUGAUGCUUGAUUCUUGCAGCAUAGCUAACCAUUACGCUAGCAGUAGCAGCACAGCGAGGCCCUCAAAGCGGGCCGGGCGCUUGCAUCUACCCUGACCCUGACGAAGAUCGCCAGGCAUCCUACACAUCCUGGUAUUACUUGCAUCAUGCCCCAUCCACUCAUUCGCCCUCAUUGAUCCUUUCUCCCCUUCACCCUGUUUCCGUUGCUCUCCCUCCUGGCAUACGAUGACAUGGGCGUGGCGGCUACCGGUCUUGGUUAUCUGAACGCUGCGAAUACCCACACGCGAUACCUCGCACACAUGCCGCCACCCCUGGCCGUCCCUCCCCCCGGACAUUAUUUUCUCAAUAUACCUUGGUCUAUGUGUAGGUAGACACGGCACAAAGCGCUUGAUGGCGUUGGGGUAUAUUAUAAGUCGCUGCCCGCUUAUACGGCAGUACUUAAGGCAACAAGCUCGCCAUAUCCGCAGUUCUAUUCUCCAUCCGAGAGAAGAGUCUUGUUUCUUUCCUCUCCGUGUUCUGGUUUCUUGUUCUUUUCUUGACCUUCGGUUUCCUUGGUUCCAUCUGGGUUUUCUGCGUGGAUUUUGUGUCACCAUUCCCAUUUUUACGACGAGUAUAACCACUACACUCUUCUUCAUCUUUCCUCCGCGUUGCAAGUUGCACACAAACACGCCCGACAUGCGUUGUUCAACAUUGUUGGUGCCGAGUCUAGCAUCCCUUGCCCUUGCUGCACCAACCUACCCCACGCUCAACCUUCAGGCCGCGCUGCCGGGCUCCAUCGAGCACAUAUCCGAGUACUUCAACAUGCUCGCAACCAAAGUCCAAGCCACUCGGUACCUCUCUGCCGCUCCGGUCUGCGAUCUUUCCGCCGCCAAACUGCCCCAAUCCGCCAUCGAGACACUUGGCGAGCCCAAGAAGGGCCUGUCCCUGAUGCACAUCGCCAUCGGUCGCGGGACCCAAAACUACACCUGCGACACCAGAAACGCGACAGCAGUGCCCGUCGCCACCGGUGCUAUCGCGACGCUCUUCAACGCCAGCUGUGUCGGGUCAUUGUACCCUGACCUUCUUGACAAGCUGCCGAUAGUUGCCAUGGACUUCAACCUCACAGAGCAGGAGGUCAACCGCCGCCUUGGGCCAAGCAACCUUGCCAUAUCGGGCCACCAUCUUUUUACGGGUGCUGGGGUGCCACUAUUCAAGCUGGAACCGGACGGAUCGCCCAUCGGGGACGCAUACUGCGCCAAGAACGGUUCCAUGCCCGCCCCCAUCACAGCGCAGACUGGCCAGCACGGCGAGGCUGCCGUCGCAUGGCUCAAAUUGAAGGUUAUCGAGCCUAGUAGUGGUGGUAUUCGGGAGGUCUACAGGAUACACACUGUCGGUGGCAGCGCUCCCGCUUCUUGCAAGGGCCAAUCCGAGGCUUUUGAGGUACAAUAUGCUACACAAUAUUGGUUUUACUCGGACACAUUGUAGAACGCUGUCAAGUCAUCGUCACUGUAGUGGGAAAAGGCGGUCCAAAGUGACAGCAUUGUUACGAUUUAGGGCGUCGGGGUGUUUACGGGUUUAACAGGUGUAAUAGUUCUAUUUGGUUUGAGAUACCAUCGUUUCACCUAUUGCAGAGAGCAUCUAUAAACUAUUAUCUCUCAUGACUUGAGAUUACUGCGACCUAGAUUGGCCGGCAGGCAACGCUGAUAUCACAUCAAGGUCUGCAGAGCACUCAUGUUUUGAUAGGCAACUUUUCAUGUCAAAGCUUCAGUCAAAUGGACUUAUAUGGCAUGUUUCAUCAUCGCAUGGCUUACAGUAGGCAUAAUAGGAG